GUUACCCUGCACGUCCCCGCAAACACUCUGACCCGCAGGCACCUUCACAUGCACGCACCAUGAUCAACGCGGUGCUCGUCUUCAACAACGCGGGCCAGCCGCGCCUGACCAAGUUCUACACGCAGCUGGAGACGAGCGUGCAGCAGCGCCUGAUCAGCGAAAUCUUCACCCUCGUCGCGAACCGCCCCGCCUCGGCCUGCAACUUCCUGCCACUCCCGCCGCUCCUCCAGCAAUCCUCCAAAUCCUCCACCCCCUCGACGCCCCACAACGACACGCCCUCGCUCGUGACCUACCGCCACUAUGCAACCCUCUACUUCAUCGUCAUAUCGACCUCGACCGAGUCGCCCCUUGCGCUGCUCGACCUGAUCCAGGUCUUCGUGCAGGCCCUCGACGGCCUGUUCGAGAACGUGUGCGAGCUGGACUUGAUCUUCAACUUCGAGACGCUGCACGCAGCGCUUGGCGAGAUGAUCGUGGGCGGCGUCGUCGUCGAGACGCAGCUGGACCGUGUCAUCGAGGGCGUGCAGAGUCAGGGGCGCGUUGCGAAGAGGCCGGUGAACGAGGGCAAGUUUGGGAGUGGGGGCGCCAUGGGGAGGGGUGGGGGGCUCUGGGUGGGCCGGUAAUGGGCGAUAGUCCUGUGAUCCUUUAUGUACAACAGUCGUAUGGCCUGGACCA